AUGCCAGAUCCUGAAGACCUGUACUUCGCCUCAGAAGUGCUCGAUUACCUACGCAACCGGACCAGCAGCGAAGGAAACGCGAGUGAUACUCUGUCCGGCCUCACCGGCGCCGGCCGUCGUCUGUAUCUGGAUGUCUUGGACGGCUUUAACAACACGACAGCGGCGAGCGUUUCCACAUCGAAGGGGGCCGGCACUGCGGUUGUGAACGUGAACUCGGAUCGGCAGUUUGUGCUAGCCGUCUGGAUCCAGUUGCUGUACGCACUGUUCUUCGGAGUGAUGGUGCUCGUCGCGGCACUUGGAAACGCCACCGUAAUCUGGAUCGUGCUGGCACACCGGCGCAUGCGCACCGUCACCAACUACUUCCUGGUGAACCUGUCUGUGGCUGAUCUCCUCACGUCGACGCUGAACGCUGGUUUCAACCUCGUCUAUAUGCUAGAGAGCCACUGGGCCUUCGGUGAGCCAUACUGCGUCUUCAACAACUUCGUGGCGAGCCUCACGGUUGCCUGCUCAGCAUUCACCAUGGCCGCUAUGAGCAUCGACAGGUGA